UUGACUGUCUCGCCCGGAAAGGUUUAUUUUGCACCGGCGCGCGUGUUGCUUUCUGCUACGCGCAAUGUUGCCGGUUCUACAAUCGAAUAUUUAUGAAUUUGUUGAUAAAAUCAGGCAUUAUACUUUUUGUUGCGUUUAUAUGGCUCAACGCUUUUCUUUAAAACUUUUGUGUUAUAUGAUUGUAAAAAUUUAAUGAAAAAAAAAAGAAGUUAAUGCAAAUCGCAUGUUGGAAAAUUAAAGUCGAAUUGGAGUUUUUAAUUUUUUACCGAUUAAUUUAAUCGACAGUUUAUGUUAUUUAGGCAUAUUAAUUAAUACGUGCUAUAUAAUCUCACGUAUAUUUACAAUUCAGCAAACCGUUUGGCAACAGUGCAUCUAGUCUAGCAGACUACAUUUUACACGCGCGCAGGCCGCAGCGGGUAUACAACAAAAUCUAACCUCAGGAGUUAGUUUUAAUCAAACUAAAUAUACGAAACAAUAUACACAUAAAAUUUAUUAACAUUUGUAAAUAUUUAAAUGCAUUUAACAUGGCACAUCGAGCUCUCAUGGGAUUAAACAAAAACCUGCCUAAUAGAUUAAACAAAAUAAAACCUCUUCAAAACUUGUUAGUGUUGGAUUUUGAAGCAACAUGUGUAAAAGAUGUUAUUUUGAAACCGCAAGAAAUUAUCGAAUUUCCUUGUCUUGUAGUAUCUACUGAAGAUUGGCAAGUAAAAGAUGCUUUUCAUGAGUAUGUCAAACCACGCAUCAAUCCAAAGUUAUCAGAUUUCUGCACAGAAUUGACAGGUAUCAUGCAAGAGACCUUAGAGAACGAAGAGCAUUUUCCUGAAGUGUUUUCUAAGUUUUGCUCAUGGAUAGAGGAUGGAAAUUACUUCGAUGAAAAAGAUAAAAGUGCAUUUGUAACAUGCGGAGAUUGGGAUUUGAAAGUGAUGCUUCCCAGUCAGUGUGAACUUGAUAAUAUCAAUGUGCCAGAUUACUUAAAAGAAUGGAUCAAUCUGAAAUCAUCAUUCUGUUUAAUGACUAAGUAUUAUCCACGCAGUUUGGCAGAUAUGCUGAGACAUUUAAACAUGAAAUUCCAAGGCAAAAAUCAUUGUGGUAUUGAUGAUGUGCACAACAUGACCAGAGUGAUACAGAAAUUGGCUGAUAAAUAUAAGGCAGAAUUCACAAUCAAUACAAAAAUCGAAGAGGAGACCAAAGAUAGUGUUUGAUAUUAUUUAUUAAAAAAUAUUCAAUACUUUACAGUAAUACUGUCGCAAUUAAGAAAUAGAAUUCGAUCAGAAUUAUAAAAAAGUUGUAAAACUGUUAAAAUGUAUAAAAAUAAUAAAAACUCUUAUUUGUAUAUUUUAUAUCUAAAA